AUGACUGAUGAGUUAAAGAAAUAUGAAGCGUUGAAGGCAGAACUAAAAAAGUCCCUUCAGGACAGGAAACAACAGGAAGAUGCAUUUGACAGUUUACAACAAGAGAUAUACGAUAAAGAGACGGAGUAUUUUUCGUACAACAGCAAUAACAAUCAUUCUGGGCAUAGUGGGACUCACGGGUCAAAAUCGCACUACUCCGGUAACAUUAUAAAAGGUUUCGAUACCUUUUCUAAAUCUCACCACGGCCAUGCAGACUCAGCAUUCAAUAAUAAUGACCGUAUUUUUUCCCUAAGCAGCGCCUCAUAUGUGAGGCAGCAGCAUGGCCAAUCGCAAAAUGAAUAG